CCAGAAGCCUUCUCUAUCCAUCAGAGAGGGUAUGCACGUUGAAACAGAUUUGCCAUCCCGGGACCGAGCCAGAUGUUCCCAGCGGACCUGCCCAGCAACUAUACAACUUGAUGUUGUAGAAGCAGAGACAGAGGAGAUAACCCAAGGAAAUACACUCCUCCGAGCCAGGAGAACCACCAAGCGGUUAUCUGUGACAUCCCUUCCCUCAGGCCUGCAGAAGUUCCGUAUUCCUCAAAAAAGAAACCACGCUUUCCAGCAUUCAAAAAAAAGAAACAUAGCACGGAAAACAUCCUCCGAAAAUCAGAUUUGACAGUAGGAAAGCUUCAAAUGCAGGUAGUGGACAAAGGCUUUUACUUUGGUGUUUCAAAAGCAUCAGAGGGCCAGGCUUAACUGAAUGCACAGCCCUGCUUGACAGCGCGGAUGUGGGAUGAAACUAAUGAUUAGCAUGAAGGAACGUUAGUGGGGGGCAUUCAAGAGUGGCUACAGGAUUGCUGAGGGCACCGAGGAUGGUGCUGUGUGCCUAAUAAAUAUUAAGUGAAUUCAGUUAAAAUGAAGGCACACACAUGGGCUUCUUUUGAGAAGAAAUGAGAUCCUCUUUACCACUGGGUGGUAAAUGCAUGUUUUCAAGCUCUGUUUGCUAUGACUUGAAUUAGAUUAAUACUUUGGGACUUGUAAACGUCCAACAAUUCCUGAACUUAUCUCUCAGGAAAAACAGGCCACCUUUGGGUGUGGACAAGGCUUUCUAACACAUGGUUUCAUUUCUCUGUAUCUGGCUGUCAUAGGUGGAUGACCUCAUAGAAGCAGUGACAGAUACAUCCAUGAAGCUAUUGGCCCAAAGACACGCUGAGCUUCAACAGUGUGAGUUUCUAGGGGAUGAAAUCCUUCAGUCUUCCAAGCAGUUCCAGAGGAUAUCCAAGAGAACCAUGAGGAAGUAUAAAGUGAAAAACGUGUGUUUCCCAUGUACCUGGUGCUGCUUCUGAUUUUGUUUCUGACAGCGCAAAAGUUAUGUUCAUAGGGGUUCUUAUCUUUUGGUACAUAAUCCUGAAUAAGUUUCUCUUAAUCAGUGGUGGCAGCGGGGCGGGGGGGGGGGUAAGGGGGGGGGGGGUGGGUGGUAAAAAUAUUCUGCCCAGCAGUCCUUAAAAAAGAUCCUUUGGGAAAAAUUCAUUUUUAAUUCUGAGUCAAUAUAAGCAAAUUUUUGCUUCAUAAUUCUUACUAAUAAUGGAAAAUAGAAAUAUUUAUCAGGGCAUAGCAAUUCUGCAAAGAAAUUUCUCCCAUGAAAUUUGCCAGAUGAAAUUAGAAGAAGCACUUAAAAGUAUUUUGACACUUUCACUGUGUCUACUAUUGAGCUAACUUUAAA